AUCCUUCAGCGCCUCCUUGUUCUGGCCCAAGAGGCCCUUCAGGUGUUGGAGAAGCAGCUGAUGGACCCUCUGGGAAACCAGGAUGUGAAGAUGGCCUUCCGGCCUCCGCUGGACCUUUAUGAUGUCCUCAUCCACCUGAACCCCAAGCAAAUUCCCAGGCACUUGGAGGCGGUGGACCGGCCCACCGCGUCCUUCCACCGGGGGACACUGAAGAGCAGCAGUACCACAAAAACCAUUUCUUUCCCGGUGGUGGAUUACGACCCCGUGCAGUGCUACCUGCAGGAGCUCCGAGAAGCCUUCGGUGACUUCGCCCUGUUCUUCUACGACAAAUAUGGGGGAGACGUUAUUGGGGUCCUCUGGAAGCCCUCGGCCUUUGAACCCCAGCCCUUCAAGGUAUCCAACAUUAAUGGAAGGAUGAUAUCCAGAGUAAGUUCUCAACCAACGGUAGUUCCAAAUGUGGAGGCUAUUUUGGAAGACUUCAAGAUCUUGGGGGAAGGCUUGGUCAAAACAUUGGAAGCUCGGACAGAGAAAUGGUCCAUCUAGAAUUGAAUGUUUGAAUGUUUAUUUUUUUAUUUUAUUUUUGUAUAAUUGCCUGGGGUCCUCCUUGGAUUUGGAAAUGUUGAGGGUGGGUUCUUCUCACCCAUAACUUUUUCUUUUCUUUAGACUUUCCCUAGAUUUUUUUUUAUUAUUAUAUUGUGAUUGAAAUCUCUUUCCAUCCUCGUCUCCUUCCAAAGAUGCAUUCAGUUCAGAGGAGCCCAAUGCCUUCAAUAAAAAACUGUCACUGGAGGGGUGGGGGAGGGUUUGUAUGUUUAAAGCUGUAUUUGUAUGCCUUAUUAAAAAACAAUGUAUAACCAAUAAAGAUU